AUGGCGUCCAUCGUCGUCAUCGCGCUGGUGCUCGUCCUCGACCUCCUCGCCUUCGUCCUCGCCAUCGGCGCCGAGCGGCGCCGGAGCACGGCGGAGGUGAGCGAGGACGGCGCCGGGAGGUCCUACUGCGUGUACACCACGGACGCGUCCACGUGGUACGGCGUCGGCGCGCUCUCGCUGCUCCUCGCCGGCCAGGCCGUCGCCAUGGGCGCCAGCCGGUGCUUCUGCUGCGGCCGCGCGCUCUCGCCCGGGCGGUGGCGCGGCUUCUCCGGCGUCUGCUUCAUCAUUUGCUGGCUGACGUUCAUUAUCGCCGAGCUGUGCCUGCUGGCGGGAUCGGUCCGGAAUGCGUACCACACCAAGUACAGCGGCUACUUCAUCAACGGUCCGCCCCACUGCACCAUGCUGCGCAAGGGCGUCUUCGCCGCCGGCGCCGCCUUCACUUUCCUCGCCGCGCUUUUUGCCGAGCUCCACUACAUGUUCUACGCUGCCGCUGCCGCGGCCACCCCUCCCAUCAUCCACGGAGGCGGUAUCGGCAUGACCCGCAUCUGA